AUUCUUUGUGUCUCUAUCAGUUGCGGGUAGAGUUGGCAGUCGAAACAGCCCUUAGCUUGCCCUAAUUCUCUCUGUGUCAGCUUUUUUCCCGCCCUAAGCUUAUACACCAAUUUAGCUCAAACCGACAGUGAGAGACAAUGAGAGUUCAUGAUAUUGAUAGAACUAUUGUGCUAAGCUAAGCUACUAAGUUUAAUCAUAAAUUUUUCAUCAUUAGGGUUUUCUCUCUCUUCUGUUUUGGUUUUCUUAUUUAACCCUAUCAAUUCUCCAUUCUUCCAUUCCUUGCAGCCUUUCCUUUUUCGAGUUAUUUCUUUCCUCGGGAUCUGAUCCGACAACUAGACAGUUUUGUGGGAGUUCCAAAACAAUUGGGUUCAAUUCCCGAGGACACAUAUAAACACAUAACAACAUAGUUUGUACUUUGUUGUCUUGUUUCUUGUCUCACUUAGAAACCGUGUAUUUAUCAAAAAGAAGGUUUGAUUCUUGGUGGAAGAUUCAAUCAACCCAGAUCUGUGGAUUACAAGAGCUAGAGAUCUUGGUUGCUUGACUUUAUUUGUAUCGAUCGAGAAGGAGGAUAUGAAUACUUUUUCACAUGUUCCCCCUGGCUUUCGGUUCCAUCCGACCGAUGAAGAACUUGUUGAUUAUUAUCUUAGGAAAAAAAUCACUGCAAGAAGGAUUGACCUAGAUGUCAUUAAAGAUGUGGACCUCUAUAAAAUUGAGCCAUGGGAUCUUCAAGACCUAUGCAGGAUAGGAACAGAAGAGCAAAAUGAAUGGUACUUUUUCAGCCAUAAAGAUAAGAAGUAUCCAACUGGAACUCGAACAAAUAGAGCCACAGCAGCUGGAUUUUGGAAAGCAACAGGUAGAGACAAGGCUAUAUAUUCGAAGCAUGACUUAAUUGGAAUGAGGAAGACCUUAGUCUUUUAUAAAGGUCGGGCUCCAAACGGACAAAAGUCAGAUUGGAUCAUGCACGAAUACCGCCUUGAGACAGAUGAAAAUGGUACUCCACAGGAAGAAGGUUGGGUAGUGUGUAGGGUGUUCAAGAAGAGAAUAACUACCGUGCGUAAAAUGAGUGAGCAUGGAUCUCCUUGCUGGUAUGAAGAUCAAGUCUCAUUCUUGCAAGACUUCGAUUCACCGAAGCAAAAUUCGCAGCCCAAUUUGGCUUACCACCUCUCCUAUGCCUGCAAGAAAGAGCUAGAUUUGCAGUACCAAGUUUCCCAUGAACACUUUCUCCAGCUUCCACUUUUAGAGAGCCCAAAGCUACUGCAAACACCUGGAAAUGUAAACUGCAGUCCAAUGGCUGCAUAUGGACUGGACAUAAACCAUGCAAACACUUUGCAGUCCUCAUCACUUUCACAAGAAGAACAUAUCCAGCAUCCUCAUGAGCAAAUCUUGCAUCCAAUGUAUGGCAGAGACAACAACGAGCAGGCAGUGGAUCAAGUCACCGAUUGGCGAGUUCUCGACAAGUUCGUGGCUUCCCAGCUCAGCCAAGAUGAUGUUCCUAAAGAAAAUAACUACUCAAAUGGAGGCAACAACAUGUUUCGUGCGAAUGAGCAGACAAAUAAUAUUCUGAUGAGACACUUGAACAAGCAAGAAAUGGUGCCGGAGAAUCCCUCAACCUCAACCUCCAGUUGUCAAAUUGAUCUAUGGAAGUGACAACUUACUAUUUAUAAUUAUGAGACAGUAUAUACUGAUUAUAGGAUAUUCAAUGCAGAGGUAAAGGGAAGUGAUUAUAUAAUCUAAAUUCCUGUACAUAAUAAAACUAAAUAAUAUAACUUUUGUUUUAACUCUUGAGCUUCUAGCUCUUCCUCCUAAUAUUUAAGUUAAUAUCACCAAACUAAAACCGAGUGUUAAGCUGCUGUAAGAUGUGAAAUUGCAGCAUUUGUUUGUUUGUAAAGGUCUUUUAUGUAGCCUAUACUGUUCUAACAGCCGUAUGUGCUGUUUAUUCAUGUUU